AGAUUUUUUUUGAUAAUUUCCAUGCUUCUUUUUUAACUUAUAAGAAUUGAAAGAGGGUGAUUACAUUGCUUAGUUUAUCUAAACCAGAAAACAAACUUUCGUUCAUGAAAUCGUAUGGUUAGUUUUGAGAGAAAAAUCCGAUUGUUGCUUCCCGUAGCGAACGAAUCAAGCGAGGCGAUGGCGCAGCCUGGAACCGAGACAAAAGCAAGCGACCUAGCCAUCCUAGUAAUCACUCUUAUACUCUUCGCGAUCUUCAUCGUUGGCUUGGCUUCGAUUUGCUUUCGCUGGACCUCUCGCCAAUUUUACUCGCAAGAAUCCAUCAACCUGUUCACUGACUCCGACGUUGAAUCCCGUACGAGUAUUACGGCGGCGCGUGGGCUCGACGAGGCUAUCAUCAACUCAUUCCCGACGUUUCUCUACUCGGAGGUGAAGGAGCGUAGGAUCGGGAUAGGUGGAGUCGAGUGUGCGGUGUGUAUCUGUGAGUUCGAAGACCAUGAAACGCUGCGUUUGAUGCCUGAGUGCUGCCACGUGUUUCACGUUGAUUGUGUAAGCGUCUGGCUCUCUGAUCACUCCACGUGUCCGCUCUGUCGUGUGGAUCUUUUCUUACAACCGGGUGAGAGAAGCUACUUGAAUCCGGAUCCGGAUCCUGUAGAAUCUACAAACUCGCAUUUGUUUGAUGGUGUGACGUGGACCAAUAGGAACAGACCGUCUCGGUCAUGGUCAACGAGAUUGUCUCAAUGUCGAGUCUCCCAGAUAUUAAUCUCAAGAUCGCAUUCGACCGGGCAUUCUGUGGUUCAACCUUUAGAUAAUUUAGACCGGUUUACGCUUCGGUUACCAGAAGAAGUCCAGAGGCAACUGACAAAGAAGACGGUGGACCAUGCGGCAUUACCUCAUGCAAGGAGCUCGCGGCGCGGUUACAGAAGCAGAAGCGCCGGAAGCAGAAGCGAGAGGAGUGUCUUCUCAUACCAACAGAAUAACCAUAACAAUAAUCGGCGGAUACAUUCCUUCUCUGAUUGUGCAUGGUCCACCUCCUGUGGCGGAGAAGCGGUGACUCUGCCGAAGGAUCUUUCGACACCGAUGGAUUCCCGCCGAAUAUCAUUUGAACGAUUCCAGCCAGAUGAUCGAGUGUAGAUAGGCAAUUUUGUUGGCGUGUGUUUUUUGUUAACAACAUCUGUUUUGCUAUCAUUUGCCUUUCGAACAUGACAAUUUUCAAGACCAAAAAAGAACACAAUAGAUAAAAUAAAUGUCAGAAGUGGGA